AUGGCGCUUUACUCGACCUGGAACCGCGCAUCUUCGGAUCCGAGAGACAAGGUCAUUGGCUUGCUGGGUAUUAUAGAGCCUCGCGACAGCCUCAAGCCAGAAUACUCAUGGCCAGUCGAGAAGGUGUAUAGAGUUGCGAUGCGAGCCGCGCUGGUUGAAGAUGGCAACCUCAACUGCCUUGGUCUGAUCUCGGAGAAGAAGGAGUCUCGAAACAGCAAUUUAGCCUCGUGGGUCCCUGACUUCGAACUCCACUCUGAACCAUUCAGGGACUACAUAACUUCACUGUCCAAAGUUCUCAACAAAUGGUCGAUCUACAAGGCUUUUAUGAGCCUAGAGGGGUCUUCGGGCAUAACAACAGACGAGGACGACAGUGUGUUAAUACUCAAAGGCUUUUGCCUCGAUUCGGUGUCCGUUGUUGGAACUCAAGCUCCGGGCCCUGAAUUUGAGAAUGUAGGCGAGACAAACCCUGAACACUGGAGGAGCUCGAUGGGAAACACGAUCAAUCAUUGGAGAUCCUUGAUUACACCUAAUAGUAGCUAUGUAACGGGUGAAACUCAGGCUAUGGCCUUUUGGAGAACAGUUCUGGUUGACUUGAACCAAGGCCGUCUAGCCUCGAAGAAAGGCGGUACGCCCAAAAGGCUCGACAAGAAUGAUCUGCAGGAUCUGUUACAGCUUGAAACCCCAGAGGGAAUGGAAGGCCUGCUAAGCACGUGGAAGUCAUGCCUUCAGCCUGUAUACCGGCAACUUCGAUUGAUCGAGCAGUUCAAUCGGCGGUUUUUCAGGACAGCAAAUGGUUACAUGGGACUAGGUCCGCCGGAUAUCCAACCUGGUGAUGCUAUCUGCCUUCUUUUGGGCGGAUCCGUGGCUUACGCGUUGAGGAGGAGUGCACAUGAGACCUGGACAUAUGUUGGCGAAUGCUACGUACAUGGGAUCAUGGACGGAGAGGCCGCUGUUAGAGCACUUGAAGAUAAGACCGACUUCGCGGAGUAUCGCAUUGUCUAA